AUGCAAUUUGUAAAAGUCUUAGCAAUUUUGAUGCUAAUUGUCCAAUUGACAAUUAUUACUCCUUCCUGGGCGUUGCCUCUAGAAAAACGAGUUUUGCCUCGUGAUCCACAGAAAUGUGUUGACACUCAAUUGUGCAUAAUUGGUUAUACAUGGAGUCCAAAUGCAUGCAAAUGCGUCCCGGAUAACUAG